AUGACCGAGAUUGAUAGUGUAGCAGACUCCCCGAACAACAGUUUAAUAGAACUAGUGACCAAAUCAAAGUGGAAAACUUCACCAAAAUAUAAGUUCUUCAGAAAGAGGAAUCUAAUGGGAAAACAAGUGUUUUCUGAGAAUCAUAAAAGGGAACAAAAUGUUAAGGACAAUGAAGUCAAAGGACAUGUUACUGGGGAUAACCCGGGAACGGAGCAAAGUAAAGUGUGUUUGAUGAGCGAAAGCCCUUAUAAAAUCUGUAAGAUAGCACGUUCGGGAAACCUAACCGACCUACAAAAAUUUCUUGAUGACGAUCUAUCCCGAAUCAAUGUCCAGGACGUCCGUGGAUGGUCGGCGGUCCACCAUGCCGCCUCUCAGGGGUUCACAGACAUUAUCAGCUGCAUUGCUUCUCGUGGGGGAGACAUCAACCUGCAGGACGCUGAGGGCAACACACCGUUACAUAUCGCCGUUGAGAAGGAGCAAACAAAGGCAGUGGAGACUUUGAUCAAGCUUGGAGCAAACACAUCCUUACUAAACGACGCCAAAAUGGCACCCGUCCAUCUCGCUGUAGAUCUGGGACUUUUAGAACCCCUGCAAACAAUUCUAAUUUUGGACAAGAAGAGUGCUGUCAUGCCGGGUGAAACUGGCGCUACACCGCUCCAUUACUCUGCUUAUAAAGACAGACACGAGUGUGCUAAACUUCUGCUAGAGCACGGAGCCAAACCUUGUAAGAGUUGUGACGAUGGGUUCUACCCUAUACACGCCGCGGCGACAAGGGCAGCAGACAAAACCCUGGAAGUGCUCAUCAAGCAUGUUGAGAGACUUGGCUACUCCCGUGAAGUGGUUCUUUCCUUUACUGAUAAAUACAACAACACCCCGCUCCAUUCCGCCGUCAGCAGUGGAGACCCAGAGGCUGUGACUGUUUGUCUCAAUGCUGGAGCUGGUCUGGAUGUACAACAGGAAGACAAGUCCACUGCUCUACACUUUGCCUGCGCUCAGGGCGGACUCAACAUCAUCCAGAUCAUGCGCAAGUUACAGCCUGAAAAAUUCAUGAUUGCCAGCAAAAUGACAGACAUAUUACAAAUGACACCUCUUCACAGGGCGGCGCUGUUCAAUCACGUGGCAGUCGUCAAGUUUCUAAUUGAAGAAGGUGUUGAGGUUAAUGCCCGAGAUUGCCUGGAUAGAACACCACUUUUGCUAGCGGCAUCUAAGGGAGCAUGGAAGACAGUGCAACUUUUGCUGGAAAAUGGCGCCAAUAUCUCUCUCAAAGACAAUAAAAAUAGAAACUUCUUUCACCUUGCCAUCAAAUAUGGCGGUAAACUUAACCAAUUCGGUGUUGAGAGUAUGAAACAUUUUAAAAACUUGUUGAAUGAGAAGGAUGAUUACGGCUGUACACCAUUACACUAUGCUUCAAAAGAGGGAUACCUUGUAGCCUUGGAUGACCUGAUUGAACUUGGAGCAAUUGUCAACCCUAAGAAUAAGGAUAAGCAAUCUCCUCUCCACUUUGCAGCAAGGUAUGGUCGUUACAACACUUGCAGACGAUUACUGGACAGUAAGCUAGGACCAAACAUCAUAAAUGAAUCAGACUGUGACGGCUUUACGGCGCUUCAUCUAGCGGCACUCAAUGGCCAUGUCAAAAUUAUCAAUCUCCUGAUGCAGAAAGGAGCAUGUGUCACAAGAGCACACGAUGACAACUCUCCAAUCCACAUGGCAGCCAUUAACGGGUAUACCAAGUGCAUCCGGGCUCUUCUUAGUGUCCAUGCCAACAUACUCGAUGUCAAAAACAAAAAUGGGGACACGGCUUUACAUCUUGCCUCACGUUCUGGACAAUCAAAGGUGGUCGAUCUUCUUUUGACACUUGGCGCAAAAAUUAGUUUGAAUGGAGAGGAGAAGAGUUUUAUGGACAUUGCAAUUGAGAAUAGACAUGCAUUUGUGGCAAAGGCAGCGAUUAAACACGCUAGAUGGAGCGAAGUACUACACACGUGUUCCAAAACCUUUGGUUGCCCAAUGCACGGUCUGAUUAAACACCUACCUGAUGUGUGUAUGACGGUUCUGGAUCGCUGCGUCACAAGUGGUGGUGGAGAUUGUCAUAAGAAAGAUUAUUACAUUGAGUACAACUUUGAAUACCUACAGUGUCCGGUGCGAUAUGUCAGAGAAGUGACAAAGAAUGGCGGCGAUAUACAGCCAAUGUUUGCUCUAAAUAUGAUGGUUCGCCACGGUAGAGUAGAAUGCCUGUCUCACAAAUUAUGUCGAACAUACCUCACCAUGAAAUGGCGAGCUUACGGUAUGUGGGUACACUCGAUCAACCUGAUUCUAUAUGUAGCAUACCUUGCUAUGCUGACAUUACUUGCCACAAAAGAUUUCACGUCACACGCACCCAUCGCCAAUCUAAGCCACAAUGUAACACAGCAUACAGAAACCAAACCAAAUGAAAUCAGCACCAUGUAUCGGCUUGUGACGGGAGUUUUGUUUAUAUUCACAAUCCUCAACAUUAUAAAGGAAAUAGUGCAGAUGGCACAGCAGCGUAUUCGGUACUUCGUAGACGCCAACAAUCUCCUUGAGUGGGUGUUGUAUGUCUCCACAGCCGUUUUUAUCGCCCCUGUUUUGUUCAAUAUUUCAAACUCUCUCAACAUGGAGGCGGGAGCUAUAGCUGUAUUCCUGGCCUGGUUCAAUUGUCUUCUCUUUCUUCGACGGUUUGAUAUAUUUGGUAUUUACGUGGUGAUGUUCCUAGAGAUUCUGGCUACCCUGUUGCAGGCUGUGUGCGUCUUCUCUAUCCUUCUUGUCGCCUUUGGAUUGGCAUUCUCCAUUCUUCUAAAGCAUGAGGAGAGCAGGGCCUACUCCACUCCUCUCAUGUCGAUUGUCCGGGCCUCAAUGAUGAUGCUGGAGUUGGAUUACAUGUCAUCGUUUAAUGAGCCUUAUUUUGAUGAUAAUUCCUCCACCCUACCUUAUUCCACUCUCACCAUCAUCUUCCUUCUUGUCUUUGUCCUUCUGAUGCCAAUCUUGCUCGUCAACCUUUUGAUUGGUUUAGCUGUCGGUGACAUUGAAGCCGUUCUGAGAACUGCAACUCUGAAACGACUGGCCAUGCAGGUUGAGCUUCACACAGAACUGGAGCGCCGUCUACCGGCCAGACUUCUAGAGAAGGUAGACAAAAUGAAGUACAAAGAAUAUCCCAAUAAGUGUGGGAAAAUGGUCAAGGUUUUCAAAAACAUGAUGGAAGCAGAGGCAGCAAGUCCAUCGAUGUGUGGCGGCGAGGAACCUGGCUUUCUUAAAACAGAGCUCUUUAAGCAAAAAAAUAGGUUGAAAGAGAUAUCUAUGAACAUGGAGCGUAAUUAUGACAUGCUGAAACUGAUUGUUCAGAAAAUGGAGAUCGAGACAGAAGCAGAUAACCAUGAUGAAGGGGUUCAUACGUCACAAAGUCUUGACAUCAUCAAUCCUGCGUCAUCCAAAUGGAACUCUGACGUCCUCAAAAAGAAUCUCGUGCGUCAAAACGCCAUCAUCUCAAAGUGGAAAGGAAAAUCAGAACAUUCGGUCAUUCAAGGCAGUUUUGAUUGCUGAUGACUAAAAUUCCAUUCCUUUUCAAUCGUGUGAAAAAAAAACUCACGAGAUGCGCUCGUAAAGUCCGCCAGGAGUAAAUAUAAGGCUAGCCCAAAAAUACCUAUUCUCUCCAAGUCUUUGUGAUGUACAACAAUGUGUUGCUGACUUUGGUGUUGUCAUAUUAUUUUAUUUUAUGAACACGUGACUUGAAAGUUUAACAAAAUAUAGCAAGUUGAAUUUCUGGAUACUCUCCUAAUCAGUCUCUGUGAUUGCCAGAUAAAUAAAAGUAUAAAUCGCUAAAUGAUGCUUAGUUUGUAACAAAACAUAGGCAGUGUGU